UAAAUCUCCAUCAGUCAGUCUACAAUCUGUCCUCCUUCAACACGUUUUACUCUUUCUCUCUGUCUUAAUCUUCUAUAUUUUCAUUUUUUUCUACAUUUGCUGUUUGAUAAUCAUGUCCUGCAGGUUUGCAGCUCUGUCUGUCUUUUUACUCCUCUUCCACUUGGCUCACGCUCGGUCCGUCUCCUUUCCGUCGGAUGUUGAGCUUCCAGAGAUUGAUGGUUCGGCUGUGGACACCUGCAGGUUUUUCUUUGACCCCACACCCGACUACACUACUACCACACCUAUCAGCACGACAACUACAACCACACCCAUCACCACGACAACCACAACCACACCCAUCCCCACAACAACCACAACCACACCCAUCACCACGACAACCACAACCAUCACCAAGAAGCAGGUUGUGGCAACAACAACAACAACAACCAAAAAGCCAGCUGUCCAAUCACCCCCAAGGAAACCAGAAACCAAAAACACUGGAACACCAGUCAGGCCACAGCCAAACAUUGACAGCCUCCUCUACUACCUCAUGGCCAAUAGCAGAGGACACUGGGAGCCAAUGGGAGGGCUGCCUCACAGAGGUUACGAUACGUCAUCAGAAAGUGACGAGUCAGCUGAAACGCCGCUGAACAGAGCGGGAAGGACGGACAAGAACAGAUGGAAAAUAGGUUCGUUCUCUUCAGAGGACUCGAGUGACGAGUCUUAACAUUUUAGUUUUUAAACAAAGAUGGAAGAAAUUAUCCAGUUUUGUGAACAGUUUCUUGACACAUUAGCACAUCUGUUGGUUUACUAAUGAUUAAAUGUAUUCACUGGAAAGGGCUUUCCGUCAAAAAACAUCACAAAUCCCAAGAUAACCACUAAAUGUAUUGUUAAAUUUGUUGCUAGUAAGUAUUGUGCGCCAAAAUAUUAAGAUUUCAAGGACAAUUUAGAUAUAUGUCUGUUAGCUUAGCUGCUGCCAUUAACCAAAACCAACACAACCAAUCUUCAUCUUUAAAAAACUUCUUUAUUCUUAAAAUGCCCACAUUAAAAACAAUUGCUGUCUGUUUAACAAUUGUUAAAAAAGUACAAAUAUGCCGGCUUUCCUUCAAAAGACAUCACAAAUCCCAAGAUUUUACUAAAUUUAUUGUUAAAUUUGUUGCUACAAUUGCAACAAUUGCUGUUUGUUUAACAAUUGUUAAAAAAGUACAAAUAUGAAUAACCUGUUUGCUGCUUUAUUAAAAAGAUAUAACAUAAAAACACAACCUGAAAACUUUUGAUUAGCUGUCAUUAAUAAAAUGUAUAAUUUCAUUUUUGUAUUUGCAUCAUUAUUUGUUAAGUAUUGUGCGCAAAAUAUUACAAUUUCAAGGAAAAUUUAGAUGUAUAAAUGUUAGCUUAACCAUAACCAACACAACCAAUCUUCAUUCAUGUAAAGCCUCUUUAUUCUUUAAAUGUCCACAUAAAACAAUUGCUGUUUGUUUAACAAUUGUAAAAAAAUAUAUGAUUAUUGCUAAAAAUUGUUAAAAAAUGUAUUACGAUUAUGAAUAAUCUGUUUGCUGCUUUAAAAAGGUGUAAUAUUAUAAAACAAACCUGAUAAUUUAGUGAUCAGGGUGCUAAUUCAUGGAUAUGUUUAGCUGCCAUCACAUUAAAGUAAAGGGAUGCAUGUUGUUAUGGUGUUAUCAGGUGUAUCAGUACUGUUGUGUCCGUGCUGAUGUGGUUCUGAUGGAGGAAGUGGUUGUUUGUCUUUCCUCUGAUCCUUGGAAGUGCCUUUGUUGUGUUUGCCUGAGAAAACAUCAGAAUAAAUAUGUUGCGUGUCAACUAAAAAAUC